AAACAGAGCAGAUUUAUUACUCGUACACACUCAGCUGAGAUCACUGGGCUGCUUUCAGAGAGAGAGGCACUUUAAGCGUUUUUCAGGAUGUCCCAAUUUGCUGUUACCUGGACUGGGAUAAACUCUUAGGGAGUGGUUCUGACUCCUGUAGUUCAUUUCAGGGAGGAAUUCCCACCCAAACCCAGCUCCCACCCACCACCCACCACCCACACACUUGUCAGAUGUUGCAUCUGUGCGCGCUGAGCGACUCGGUGCUGAUCAGCAACUCCCGGUCCGCCUGUGACAGCGAGCUGCUCUCCCGGGAAGGGGUCACCUUCUGUAUCAAUGUGUCCAAGCAGCAGCCCUUCCCGGCGCUGAGGAUCGGCGGCAUGCGGGUGCCGGUCUUCGACGAGCCCGCCGAGAAUCUGCACAGGUACUUCGACCGGUGCGCGGACGCGAUCGAGGAGGCGGCCAGGCGGGGCGGCAGGACGCUGGUGUACUGCAAGAACGGCCGCAGCCGCUCCGCCGCCGUCUGCACCGCCUACUUCAUGAAGUACCGGCGCCUGUCCCUGCAGGAGGCGUUCCAGCACGUGAAAUCAGUCAGACCAACAGUGGAGCCCAAUGAGGGAUUCUGGGAGCAACUUCAACGAUAUGAAGGGGAACUUCAAUCCAGGUGGACUGAGGCUAUUUCUUCAGCCAGUGAAUGAAUACGCCAAGCAGCACAUCAGCCUUUGCACUGAAAUAGUUCCCUUGAGACUUGCUUCACUGUUAUUAAGAGAGAAUCUAUAUCGGAUGCUACUGUCAUUCAGUUAUUUUGCCUUAUUUUGUCAUGGUUCACUGUUUCAACAAGGAUGUCAUUACGAAUUCAUCUGGCUAUAAUGUAUGAUACCACUGUUCUGUAUUGCCUCAUGUGUAAGCAUCUGCAGAUGCUGUUGUAACAAAAUGGUCUGAGGCUGGAGGGUUUACAACGAGGGACUGGUCAUGAGUUUAUUGGCCUUCCAACAUUGCACAUUACUGUCCAUCUCCAGCCUUUUCUCUCCACAUUCUUUAAACAUAUGUCACCUCUCAAAUCUGUGCACAUCUCUCCCAGAACACCAUUUAAAAUCUUUCCAAUUAAGUUUACACAGAGCCAAAACAUCUCCGAUUAGAAACCCAAAUAACAUCCUGUACAAAUGUGGCUCAUGUACAGAGUUUCUCCUCGUCUUUCUCAAUAUGAUUGCAACCUCUGAUAUAUUGAUCACUCCAUUAUCUGCCAAUAUCUCUCCAUUGUUGUCUAACUAGGUGGGACUAUAGUGUCCUGGCUACAAACAUCUCUUGCCAGAGAGUCAUCUCGAUGACUUUUUUUUCCUUGUCCUACAUCAUCACCUCUAAAGUCCCUGUAUCCUUGAUACCUCCUAAUUGUCAUCCAGACGCUGCCUGUUGCUGAUAAUCCAUCAGUUUCCAAACAUAAGCUGACGACACCUACCACUUGGAUGGACAUUUUCCAUCUCUGUCAGAACCCCUGCCUCAGCUUAUUGUUUUCUGAAACCCUCCCUCAUUGAUGUCUGUGUUCCCUCGAGACUUGAUUACUCAGCCUUGGCUGACCACCCACAAUCCACCCUCUGUAAACUCCAGUGAUCAAAGCUGAGCUUGCUGUAUGUAUUUUAACUCCCACUAACUUCCUUUUACCCUUCUCCCCUGUGCUUGCAGAUAUUCAUCGUUCUCAAGCAAUUUCUCAAUUUCCGAAUUCUAGUCUUGUUUGAAAAUCACUCGAUGGCCUUGCCCCUCCUGACCUCUGUAUUCUCCUCCAGCCUCUCCAACCCACCAAAUUACUUUUGUUCCUCCAAUUCUGGUGUCUUGUGCAUCCCUGAUUUUAAUCACUUCAUUGGAGGCUUUGUUUGGAUCCUCUUGAAUUCCCUCCCUUCAGCUCUCUGCCUCAGUUUCCUCCUUAAGACAUUCCUAACCUGUCUACCGAAUCUUUCAAUUAUUUCUCUGAUGCCUCCUUAUGCAGCUCGGUGUCAAAUUUGAUUUUACAUUGCUCCUGUGAACCACCGUGUGAUAUUUUAUUGCCUUAAGAGCACGAUGCCAAUUCAGAUUGUUGUUGAUAUUACAGGACCACAGUUACAAUAUGGUUUGAGUUGUUUAUAUUGUAAUUUGUUUGCCUUAGAAAAGUGACAACAGAGGUCUUAUGGAGACUCGGAUCCAUAUAUAGACUAAGCUCAAGUCUCAUUCUAAGACUUGAUAUCAAGGAGGAUGUAUCAUAAUGUGGCUGAGCAGGUUGAAGGGUAUUAACCUGAAAAUCCUUUCAGUAUAUGUCAAUGGCGUAAGUGGGAGGGAUUCCUGGUCAGACCUAGAAAGGAAUUAAGGCAUUUACAUCACUACCUAUUGCUCUAGGUGACAGCAUGCAGGUAAAUUCGUGUUUUGCCACAGAAACUCAGCCCAUGGAGAGCUGGUUUGGAUCAGAUUGGGGCCAAGAACAUGGGUUCGAUCCCUGUUCCAGCAGAGAUGGAUAUGGGACAUGGUUCCCAGCUUUACCAGUGAUGGUGAUGACAGUGUCAUGGGUCAGACCUGUCUCUGGGCAGAGAAUUGAAGAAGAGGAAAACAAUAGUUACUUUAGCAACUAUUUGUCAUGUCCUAUUCAUCAUUGAAUUAAAACUCAGGUGACAACCAA